AUGGCGCAACAGCCACAUGGGUUAUCUCGGACUCUUCCCAAGAGCUUCACCUUCUCCUCACUCGAAUCAACCUACCCAAAGACUCCAGAACACCCUCGUGUCGAACCACAGAUUCCUCCUCCACCCCGUCAUUCAAGUUAUCGCGCUAGGCGGCCACGCUUCGACAGCCAUGCUAGCAUCUUUUCAAGCUUGAGUGCUGAACCCAACAUUUUUGACCUCAGCCGCCCCGAUGACCCUCUGCCAUCUAUUGAAGUUCCGCAUUCAGACACUGUUUCUGAACCCGACAUUCCAACCAUUCAACCCGUGUCAUCUGAAUUCCUACAGGUGCCAGCUUCGAGGCGCAUGGAAUUCAAGACGCCCCCUGCUCAGAUUCGCACGACACCUUUCAACUUUCCUCGCGCUACUCCCGAGCCUGUCGAUGAUGCUGAAGCCGACCCCAUCGAAAGGCCGAGCUCUAGGGCGUCAAACUCAUCUGUUUCGUCAAUAGAGACGUACACCACGCAGCCUUCUCUUGGCGGAAGUUGCACGAGUCCUGAGAGCGAGAUUUUCGACCCAUUCAGCUUUCAGCCAGCUGAUACUAGGAAACAUCUUCUUGAGACACCUCCAACUAAGCAUGCGAACCGGGGACAGUCGCUAGAUCUGCCGAAGAGGAAGUCCCGGUGGACCGCAGAUAUGGACAGCCACUUGUGGAACACUUAUCAGAUGUAUCUACAAGAUCCCACAACGACCCCAUUCAAAACGUUACCCGGAAGUCUUCCACCUCUAGGCGUGUCACAUCGAGUUGCCAGGGAGGCGAAGAAGACGUGGACACGUCUUAAGUCGAAAACGGACCAUGAAACGCCCCUAAUCUCAAUUAAUGCUGAUGACAGCGCUGUGCUCAUCGAAGGCAGCAGUGGCAGCAGUACACCUACUGCUAAUAAGUCGAAACCUCGCUGGCCAAGAUCCGAAGCAGCUACAAGAAGACGACUGAAGUACCUAUGUAAACGCAAACUUUCAAUUGCUCCACAUUAUCAACGUCUUCUGCAGUCUCGCAGCCCUUCGCCGUUCUUGGACGUCUUCUCAGCGCCUGCCCGGAGACCCGUUGGCCCAGUUUUUGAUCAUAAUUCGUCGGCUGCUUUCAUGACUCGCGAUCUUGGCGUCUCACUCGUCUCUAGCUCUUUGCCUGCAACAUUCACACAAUUUGCGGCCGUCGAACCAUUAUCCACUGAAGGCUCGGCCACAGCCGAACACUCUCACCACUCCGAAAGUCAGCAGUCAUCUCACCAAGAUUCCGCUAUUCCAAUACCCACAAUCCCCAGUCAUCUUUCUGUGGCUCAGGAACCAUUUCCUCGUCUCGGAUCGCCUUUCAUGUACAACACCUGGGGCCCCGAUACAUCUCGUCGCGAAGCCCAUGGUGGAGCAGCUCGUAGACUUCGACGAGAUACCAUUCAUGUGUCUGGGUCAAGAUUGAGGACGCCUCCUCGCAUGGAUGUGCCCUCUAACGUCCACAAACGCCGAGCACACCAUCGAUUGGACUCUAGUCCCAAUUUGACUGAUAUACAGCGUAACGUCCGUGAUCUAGCUCGCGAUGGAAAAUUGAAAGAUGGACAGCGCCGUGUACGACUUCGCAAUCGUGGUAAUACAACCAGUGGUGGAUUCAGUUCCAAAGAGCGCGUUGAGCAACUCUUCUCCCCAACCUCGCCUUUCACUUUCCCUGGCAAUCAAGAUAGCUCGCCCCAGGUAUCUCAGGGGCUACUACGUCCACGAGCUGAGACCAUUCGCCGCCUCGGUUCUCCAUUCAGACUCGAUUCAGGACCACGCUUCCAGUACCCCAAAUCGCCUAGACAUGCCCCAUCGUUGUCCGAUCCAUUCAUGAAUUCCUCCAUCAAAUCCCAAGUCCAUCUUGAACAUCAAAGUGGAUCUUCCUCUGCCGAACCACACGUACCUCCAGGCAGACUCCCAUAUGACCCUACUGAGGAGGGAAUUUCUGAUGCUGAACGGAUUCGACGACAAAUUCUGAAUUUACCUUUUACCAAACACUCAAUGUAA